AACGCCUGACUUUUUUGGUCUAGUCAAAAUCCAUCUUAUAAUUCCAUUCUAGGUCUCUCUCUCUCUAAAAAGCAUUCCAAUUCAAUCUGUGAUUUGGAUACUUAUUGAGUGAGAAUUAGGAGUUUGAUUAAGCAUGUCCAAGUCUGAUUCUGAUUCAUCGUCUCAUGGCACCGAGUACAAGAACUUCAGGCAAAUCACCCGUGAACGGUUAUUGUAUGAAAUGCUUCGAUCAACCAAAACUGGGGACUCAAAAUCGACGUGGAAGGUGCUCAUCAUGGACAAAGUGACUAUUAAAAUACUGUCUUACUCAUGCAAGAUGGCUGAUGUCACAGAGGAAGGAGUUUCAUUGGUGGAAGACAUAUACAGGCGAAGGCAGCCAUUGCCCACCAUGGAUGCCAUAUACUUCAUCCAGCCUACUAAAGAAAAUGUUAAUAUGUUUUUGUCUGACAUGACUGGAAGAGCAGCUCUGUACAAAAAGGCAUUUAUUUUUUUCAGUUCACCUGUUCCACGAGAAUUGGUUAAUCAUAUCAAGAAGGAUGGUAGUGUGUUACCUCGCAUAGGUGCCUUGAGAGAGAUGAACUUGGAGUAUUUUGCUAUAGAUAGUCAGGGAUUUAUCACUGAUAAUGUGAUGGCUUUAGAGGAUCUGUUUGGGGAUGAGGAGAGUACUCGUAAAGGUGAUGCAUGUUUGAAUAUGAUGGCCACCCGCAUUGCUACAGCUUUUGCUUCAUUACGGGAAUUUCCUUUAGUACGCUAUCAUGCAGCCAAAUCCCUUGAUCCAACCACAAUGACAACAUUUCGUGAUCUAAUUCCUACAAAGCUUGCUGCUGGUGUUUGGAAUUGUCUUAUGAAAUAUAAAGCUGACCUCCCUAACUUUCCCCAGACAGAAACAUGCGAGUUGCUUAUUGUGGAUAGAUCUGUAGAUCAGAUUGCUCCUGUCAUACAUGAAUGGACAUAUGAUGCAAUGUGCCAUGAUUUAUUAAAUAUGGAUGGAAAUAAAUAUGUGCAUGAGAUCCCAGGCAAAGCAGGUGGUGUACCUGAGAAAAAAGAAGUCCUUUUGGAGGAUCACGAUCCUAUUUGGUUGGAGCUUCGCCAUGCACAUAUAGCAGAUGCUAGUGAACGGUUGCAUGAGAAGAUGAUAAGUUUCGUAUCAAGGAAUAAAGCUGCACAAAUUCACCAUGGUUCAAGAGAUGGUGGUGAAAUAUCUACUCGUGAUUUGCAAAAGAUGGUUCAAGCGUUGCCACAAUAUAGCGAACAAAUUGACAAACUUUCUCUUCAUGUAGAUAUUGCUGGGAAAAUCAAUAAUAUUGUCAAGGAGAUGGGGCUUAAAGAACUUGGGCAACUAGAGCAGGACCUUGUAUUUGGAGAUGCAGGAACUAAAGAUGUAAUUAACUUUCUAAGAACAAACCAGGAUGUAACACGUGAAAAUAAGUUGCGGUUGUUGAUGAUAUAUGCGGCAUGUUAUCCUGAAAAGUUUGAGGAUGACAAAAUCACAAAGUUAAUGGAGUUAGCAAGAUUACCACCCGAGGAUAUGAAUGCUGUGAAUAAUAUGAGAUUGCUUGAGGGAUCAUCAGAUACCAAGAAAAGCUCAACAGGUGCUUUUUCUCUGAAAUUUGAUGUUCAUAAGAACAAGCAUGCUGCUAGAAAAGAUCGUACUGGUGAACAAGUGAUGUGGCAGCUGUCGCGCUUUUACCCUAUGGUAGAGGAACUCAUUGAAAAACUUAGCAAAGGUGAGCUGCCAAAGGAUGACUAUCCAUGUAUGAAUGACCCAAGUCCAACUUUCCAUGGGACGUCCCGGACUGCUUCAGUACAAACUAAUCAAGCUCCUGCUCCUCAUUCGAUGAGACAAAGACGGGCAACAUGGGCUCGGCCUCGAGACUCUGAGGAUGGAUAUUCAAGUGAUUCAAUUCUAAGACAUGCAUCUAGUGAUUUCAAGAAGAUGGGCCAACGUAUUUUUGUAUUUAUAGUUGGUGGAGCAACUCGAUCUGAGCUACGGGUUUGUCACAAGCUGACAGCAAAGCUCAACAGGGAAGUUGUUUUAGGGUCCUCUAGUCUUGAUGAUCCCCCGCAAUUUAUUACGAAUUCAGUAAGAAGAAGAAUUCUUUUUCUUCAAAUCAGAAGAGUGAAAAGAAUUUCAAAUCAUAUUAAUUAAUCCAAAACAGUAGAAACUGAAGUUGUUGACAGCACACGAACUCUCAAUGGAUGAUGAUCUUUACAUGUAAAAACAGUGGUGGAGCAAGAAGCUGGAAACACAAAUGUUUCCCAGGCACGUUUUCUAUUUUGUAAUCAUAGAUCGAUAUAAUUUUUCAUUAAUUCCAUUUUUUAACAUCAAGGUAAUUUGUCUGGUAUGAUUAUUACCAGCUGAACAAUAGGUUUUGGCAUGGGUUAGUGGGCAGGGCUGAGUCCUUAAGAUGCAGUUCUGUCACUUUAUAUCUUGUGAUUUGGUAAAUGUGCAUAUAUUCUUCUCGACAUUUUAACAUAAGCAGUUGCAUGUGAUUUUUGGACUAAAGUGCGUUUCUCAAAAUUUC